UACGUUCUUUUAUGACUUGAUUGUUGAAAACAGUUUUUUUUUUUUUCAAAAUAGCAGUUCGAAAUAUAUUCCUUUAAUCGAUAACUCAAUCAGUAGAGACAUGGUAAACAAUUCUAAAGUAUUAAAAAUUGAGGAAUCUUUCAGAAAUAUGUUAGCUAUGAAGGGAGUGAAAUACAUUUUUAAAAGGGAUUUCUUUUGGCGGACUUGGAGGCAAGUGGAAGAAAAUGGAAACUUUACAGUGGUGUGUUAUAGGUGUCAAAAUAACAAGGAUGGAAAAUGUCAAAACGGGGGAUAUUGGGUAAUUGAAGAAAAGCCACCACCGUGUCCAUACGAAAUAUUUUCAGUAAAAACAGAUUGGGAAAUAUGUGCUGUUAAAUAUAACCAAUAUCCAGAUCCAAAUAGCAGUUGUCCAUCAGUCAUAAAUAGGCUAGACUUAAAAGCAGCUUGUGACAACCCUAUUAAAACAAGAUGGCGGAUCGCUAGAAAGUUUGAUGAAGUUUCUGAACGAAACACUAUAGAUGUCAUUUGCCAAGGGCGGGAAAAUUGCGAAAUUUCAACUUUGUAUACGAUUUUACCCGAUAUGGUAGUCUUCAGAAUAAUCAAUUCAACAAAUCACAUCAUCUACUCAAGAGUAAUGAAAACCGGUUUCAAGAACUACAUAUGCAUAGAUGACUGCGGCAGAAUCGACCCGAAAACGAAUCUAAUUUCAAGAAAAGAACAACCCUACAGGCUUGAUUUAUUUAAAAAAAAUAAACGAGAAGAUCUCUUGUCUAUGACAUCAAAGUUGCCUGUUAAAAAAAAGAAAUGUUCUAAACUUAAACAAAGUAAAGGAAACUUUUACUUUGGAUUACACUUGGAUAUUGAUAACAAGAUUAUUCCAAAGGAAAAUGAACCUAAGCGCUGUUUAUUUAAAUUAAAAAAUAGUGUAACUAAAAUCACAUGUAAAAAGAUAGCGGAAAAAUAUUUUGAAAAAGAAAACAGCAGAGAUUAUUGAUAUCAGUUAUUUAUUAUAUUAUGUAUAAGUAACAAGUUAUGUUCUAAAUAAAACAUUCAUAGGUAAAAAUUGUUCAGUUUUCAACAUUAGUAUUAACUUAUUCUCUACAAUCAUGCAACAUUUUGUAUAAAACUGUCACAAUAUAUUUAAGGGCAAGGCACUUUAAGUUAAUGUAAAUGUAUGUAUACUAAAAGAGAUAGAGAUGUAUACCUAGAUUAAAGAGAUUGAAAUAUAUUUAGUUUCAAUACUAUAUUUUGUAAGUAAAAAUACAUAAUAAAUAAGUCGAUAAAAUAUGAUGUUUGAUUUGGAAGACUUAGUUUUAUUUUACUAGCUAGUCGUGAUUAAAAAAAAAACUAUUUAUACUAUGGGAAAGGCACAAUAAUUAUGUUUUAAUAUGAGGUCAGAACUGUAUUUAAAUAAAGUAAUAUGUUCAAAAUUCUUUCUGAAUACUAUCAGUCCGUUUCAAAGUUCCAUAUCUCUAGAAAAGCAUAAAAAGCAGGUAGCAAUGUCUUAUAGUACCUACAAGUAAAAGGAAAAAUCUGUCAAUACAAUAUAAAAUGUUGUUAAAACACGAAAUAAGCUUAAAAUCAUAAUGAGCUACCCAUGUGAAGCCGGGUUGGGUCGCUAGUCAUCAUGUAAUAUAAAAUAAAUAGGCUUGAACAUUGUUAGUUUACAUGCAAUAUGUACUAUGUUCAAAACUCUUCUUUGAGCACCAUUAAUUUUGAAUCUGACUCAGUCUUUAAAUCCACCUUCUUGAUGACAAUUCUCUUCUUCGGUUUACGUCUGAAUUGACCGCACUUGUGCUCAAUCAAUUGAUAAUGCCUCGAAAAAGUCUCAUUGCAUACUUUACAUAAAAACUUCCGUAUAUUCAUAUGAACCUCUUUAAUAUGUGUUCUCAGACUUUUUUUUAACAUCUCUUUCUUACAAUAAUCACAUACACCUUUCGAAUACUGAUCCACGCAUUCUGAAUUAAAAUAGCUUAUAUUCGGUUUUGUUUCGUUAACUUUAACAUCAAAUUUUAACUGUUUUAUAACGAUGACAUUAUUGUUUACCUUCGUAAUGCUCACAGUUGCGUUUUUAUUAUUAACGUUUUCAAUCCAUGUGUCGUUGAUUGCCUUAUUUGUGUGCAACGGUUCUUUGAUUACUUGCACGUUAAAAUGCACUCUACGUACAUGCUGGUCUAACAUACGUCUCUCACAGUAGCUAAGGUCACAUAUGUUGCAUCGGAAUUUACCUAACUCGGUGUCAAUAUUUCCAUCAUGGAUUCUUUUUAUAUGGGAUAUUAAAUUGUUCUUUAACACGAACGCGCGAUCACAGUAGUCACAAGUGUAAGUCCUUUGUGGGACACCUUUAUGUCUAUUUAUAUGAGCUUUGUAG